AUGGUUAGCAAGCCGAGUCGAUUUCUGCUGCUGGCAGUAGCCGUCGCCUUCAUAAGUGGCUCUCAGAGUGCAAAUAUUCUGGGCAUCUUCGCGAGUCUGAGUCCCUCGCACCUGAUCAUCCAAAUGUCGGCGGCCAAGGUUCUGGCGGAGAAAGGGCACAAUGUGACUGUGGUCACAACACUAAAGCCCGUGGUGACUCAUAAGAACAUCACUGUGAUUCAAGUCCCUCUUUCCCAGGAGGAAAAGCGGCAAAUGAGCGACACAGUUGGCAAGAUGUCCGAAUCCGACAACAGCAACUUGGCUCUAUCCCUGCUCCGAAUGAUGGGACAGAUGGAGUUUAAGUUCAGAAGGAAUGCAAAAACACUGAUGGACGAUCGAGUGAAGGACCUGUACCUGAAUGAGGACAAUAAAUUCGAUCUGGUUCUUUCUGGAUACUUCAUGAACGACUUCCAGCUGGGAUUCGCUAAGAAGGUGAAGGCACCUGUCAUCGUCGUGGCCACAAUGGCACCCAACCAACUGGUGAACCCCCUGAUCGGAAACCCCCUGGAGGUGUCCUACGUGCCCUCAAUCAGUGACUCUGUGGAAAAGGGCAAGGGUUUGCCCUUCAAGCAGCGUUUGACCAACUACGUGUCCAGUGUAUCCCUUGGGCUUUUUCAAUACCUCACGGAGAGACGGAAUCGAAAAUUGUUCAAGGAAAUUUUCGGAGAUGAUCCUACCAUUCCAGAGUAUUCUGAAGUUCUCAAAAACACGUCGCUCAUAUUCUUCGCAUCCCACGCGGCCAGUGAAGGUCCCAUCAGACCCAAUGUCCCUGGUGCCAUAGAAAUUGGGGGUAUUCAAAUUAAGGACAAGCCGGAUCCGCUUCCCCAGAAUAUGGCAGAGUUCCUUGGAAAUGCAACUGAUGGAGCUAUUCUUCUGUCCCUGGGUUCCAAAGUUCAGGGUAGCCAUCUCAAGCCAGACACGGUUGUCAAGAUGUUCAACGUCCUCUCGAAACUGAAGCAAAGGGUCAUCUGGAAGUGGGAGGAUCUGGAGAAGACCCCCGGCCAGUCGGACAACAUUCUCUACUCCAAGUGGCUGCCUCAGGACGACAUUCUGGCCCAUCCGAAAAUCAAACUCUUCAUUAAUCACGCCGGAAAGGGUGGCAUAACUGAGGCGCAGUACCAUGGGAAGCCGAUGCUGUCUCUGCCAGUGUUUGCAGACCAACCGGGGAAUGCGGAUGCCAUGGUCAAAAAGGGCUUUGGCCUCACUCUUAGUCUACUAACCUUGGAGGAGCAGCCUUUCCAGGAGGCGAUCCUUGAGAUCCUGUGGAACCCACAGUAUGCUCAAAAGGUGGCAUCGUUCUCCUCCCUCUACCGCGAUCGCCCCAUGACCGCCAGGGAGUCAGUGGUCUACUGGACGGAGUACGUGAUCCGCCACCAUGGAGCUGCCCAUCUUCAGAGUCCUCUGGUCCAUAUGAACUUCAUAUCCGCCAAUAAUAUCGAUAUCUACGCAUUAUUCGCAGUCAUUCUAGUUAUUCUUGUACUUAUUCUCAAGGCGCUUGUGAAAUUAACUUACAGAAAAUUCUUUACAAUGUCAAGGAAGGAAAAAACUAACUGA